AUGGCAGACAUGGACGUUGAUACUCCAGAGGUGAAGAAGGACGGCAAGCAGAAAGAGGGCAAAGUUCGCUUUGAGGUCAAGAAGUGGAACGCGGUCUCUCUAUGGGCUUGGGAUAUCGUCGUCGACAACUGUGCCAUCUGUAGAAACCACAUCAUGGAUCUCUGCAUCGAUUGCCAGGCAAACCAAGUGUCCGCGACUUCGGAGGAAUGCAAUGCCGCUUGGGGAAUCUGUAAUCACGCCUUCCAUUUCCAUUGCAUUUCCCGCUGGCUCAAGACUAGGAAUGUUUGUCCGCUUGACAAUCGCGAGUGGGAGUUGCAAAAGUACGGUCGGUAA